GCCGCCCUCACACCUGCGGCGCACGACCUCCCCCCACACACACAAAGAGAUUUAAAAAUGGUCGACACCACCGCACCGACUACAUUUAUGCCCCUGUGUGCACCGCCCCUGUGUGUGGCGUGAGGCAGGGCACCACGCUGAGGCCCCGGGGUGCCACUGGUGCAGGGGUGAGAGGUGUGAGAGGGGUGAGAGAUGCUGGCUUCUCUCAUCCGCCUCCUUGCACCAUUGCUAAAUCCUUCAUUUAUUUAUCAUAUACUACUUUUUAUCGUGGUUUUAUUAAAUAUAUACUAUUCUAAAAUUAAUUUUGUUAUUUAUAAAGCACACUGGGUAUUAUCAUUUCAUUGUUAAGCGUGCGUAUUCGCAAAAAGUGCAAAAUUGUGCAAAACUUCAAAACUGCAGAUGUAUUCUAUAUAACCAUUUAAAAACAACGAAAAAUAAGAAACAUUUAAUACAUACUUUCACUUGGCCAUUUACAUUCAAUAUUGGAAUAAAAUGUCCCACGAGAUCACACACAAGGUAGAAAUGAAAUAAUCUAAAACUUUCCCCCGGAGUAAUGGCACAUCUCAACCAAUCAAAAUAAUCAAAUAGACUCUGGAAUUAGUGAUAUUACAGAAUGACAAUAUAUUAUAGAGUCAAAAAGCCAUAAUGAGAAGGGCGUGAGAAGACGGCGUGGUGGUCGACGUCGUGUUCCUCAGACUCGCUGCCUCUGUUUACCCCCCUGGCGGGCAAUUUAACUCUCUCUCUCUCUCUCUCUCUCUCUCUCUCUAAUAAAUACGAUAAAUAAAACAACGUGCACCUGAUCCUAAUUCUACAUUCAUGUCAGCUCUUCAAAACAAAGAGAUGAAUUAUAAAAGGAAAGAGACUAAUUGUUUAACUCUCUCUUCAUCCCUCUCUGACCCCCCCCCCAACACUCACUCCCAAUAAAUCAAUAAAAAUUAAUAAAUAAAUGGAUAAUCAAAGCCACUAACACGUAAUUCUAAUCAUACGCUCCUCUAAGUUUUUCAGAAUAAACAGAUAAAUAAUAAAAGGAAAAGCGAGCGAUGGUAACUUUCCCUUUCACUCUUAAUGAAUAAAUAAAUAAAUAAAUAAAUAAAUAAAUAAAUAAACAUCCACCUAAUCUUUAUCCAGCAUUCCUCUCAGCUCUUCACAAUAAAUAAAUUAAUAAUAACAGGAAAAGCAAGUCCUGGGAGAAAUAAGUUUCCACGUGUGUGUGUGUGUGUGUGUGUUGGUUACCUGGGCAACACUCCCCAGGUGAACCAAAGCCACGGUGGUUGCCUCACUUCCUCUGGCUCUCUGGCUCCCUCUGGCUUCCUUUCCACUAGUUUACCCCCUCCCGGCUCGUCUGUGGCUCACGCAUUACAAGUUCACUGGCUCUCUGGUUCCCUGUCUAACUGGUUGGCUCUCCUCUAGAACUGAAGGGUCGUUGCAGUUAUGACCAUGCUGGGGGGACCUGAGACUGCCCCGGGCCCUUUCCCUGAGGACCAAAUGCUAAGACUGGACCGGGAACUGGACCAGCGUAUGAUGAACCUUCUGCGGCCCAGACCCAAGGUCACAGGUCAAAGGUCACCCCAUAACAUGACCCACAGACCGACACAUCACCAUCCCCCCAAGCCUCGCCCCACUGGCCAUAUUUUUGGUCUAAGAAAUGGGCAAAUAGAGGGAAUGGGUGGAGGGGUGAUGGGAGUAGUGGGAGAUGAGGGUGGUGAUGGGGUGAUGGGUGGUUAUGAGAGAUGGAGUGAAGGGAAGAUUGUAGAGAGAGGAGGAAGAGGGGAAGAAGAGAGGAUAGUGGUAUAUGAUAAAGAGAGGAAAACAGGAAGAAGAGAGAAAGAAGAGGAGGAGGCAAAGGAAUAUAGUGAAGAUAGGAAUAAAGAAAGAGAAGAAAAUUAUAAAGAAAACACAAAUAGAAACAUAGAAGGAGAUAAAGAAAAUGAAAAUCAAUCAUAUGAAAGAAGAGAGAAUGAAAGACUAAAAGAGAAGAGCGAGCAUAAAGAAGAUGAAGAGGAGGAAGAGAAAGAGGAAGACUAUGCUAUAUUUGAUGAGUUUCUCGAUGCCUCAACACGCUGCCGUCUUCGUCAACUGGCCAGCAAAGUUGAGGCACUCUCCCAGGCACUUCAUCUAGCCAGAGAGGAGUGCCAGCAGAUGGCAAGCAGUAAGAGGGAAUCAAGCAGGGCAGUACAAGCAGCUGAGAGAGAGUGUAGAGCGAUGGCUAAACAAACACAGGUGAUGAAGCAGGAGUUGGCAAGGCUUCAGAAGACAAACGCUGACCUCAGACUGAGAGUGAAGGAGCUGGGCCAGGAGUGUCAGGCCCUACGUAAGGAGGCGUCUGAGGCAAGGCAGAGGGAGGCAUGUAGGGGCGCGGGGCACACCAGCCUCCAGGGGCACCUCACAAGGGCCAGGGCAGAGAAUUUAAACCUAAAGGAGCAGCUGGUUAACUCAAAGGCACUUCAUAAGGAGGAGGUGGAGGAGCUGAGGAGGAAACUGAGAGAGGGGGAGGAAAAGAGGAGAGACGUGGAGAGAGAUCGGAGGGAACUGAGAGCUGUGACAAAGAAACAAGACAAAUUAAUUGAGAUUCUUCACCAGCAGAAGAGUCACCUAGCCGCAGCGAAAGCAACAGCAGGACUAGAACAGAAAUUCCUGUCCCUCAUCGCACCACUUCAUCACCCCUGACCUUGCAAAACAUUGACCUGACCUUCUUAAUCCUCUUAUUUUUAGUUACUUCCUCUUGAGCUUCUUAAUCUUCCUACCAGUGAUCUUAAUCUGUUCAAUCUCCUGUGCUGUGGUCUGUGGGUCUUGAUGUAUAAGGGUGGGUUGGCUUGAAAUGCUGUGAUGUAUAUGAAUUUGCUGUUAUUUUCAUUAGUUCGUUAAUUCUUGGUCUUAAUUAAAUAUGGCUA